AUGGAGAAAGAAGAGGACGCAAAUGAGGAUUCGUUGCCAAUUAAAAUGGAGCACAACUCAGUAGUAAUGGAAUCGGGAAGCAAUAGCGUUCAUGGAUUUGGUGGCAUUUGGAAUCCAGUCAACGGAAACGGUGGUAGUCCAACACCGGAAAAUAUUCAAGCUCAGCAGCAGCAACAACAGCCACAUCCCGAUCACGUGCUGAUGAUGAAGAUGAUGAUUCUGCGAAUGAACAUGGAGCAGAAGGCGGCGGCAGCAGCAGCAGCCGCAGCUGGUCUUUUACCCGGAAACUCGAUUCCUCCUUCUGUUUCGCCUACAACCAGUUUUGGACCACCACCUCCACCAACCACAACUCAGAUAUCAACAACAAACACAAACAACAGCAGCACCGGCAGCACUUGCACCACUCCAAUGGUCGAUCCAGGGCUCUUUCUGCGACUGAAUGAACUUCAAAUCUCUAAUCAGAUGGCUGCGGCGGCGGCGGCCGCUGCCUCAUUUCAACAGCAGCAGCCUCAAACAAAGGGAGAAACAAAUGCUGAGUCGGCGGCCACAGUCAAACCAAAGCCCAAACGCGUUCGCAAACCUCGACCACCAAACCCAAACGGCCAGCCGUCUCGAAACAGAGGCGGAGGCGGCGGAAAUCGCCGAUUACUUUCUUCAACUCCAUCAUCAGCCACAACAAUCACCACCACUACCACUUCAAACACCUCUCCUAUGAACAACCAAACCGCCAAAAUGGUGCUCGGCCUCUCCAUUGGCCCUAACCCGAUCUACCGCUGUCACCUCUGUCCGUACACCGGCAACUCCAAACUGCAGUUCAACGCCCACAUGAACACCCACUUUGACCACCGUUGUCCGCACUGCGACUACACCAGCCGCACUGAGGGCCGGCUGAAACGGCACAUUCGCGACUUUCACUCGGAGACGCCGCCGGAAACGUGGAGCGGCAACCGGGCCCGAGACCCAGAUGACGCCUGUCCUGAAGGGGCAAACGGAGGAGACGGAAGCGCUUUUUCCGGAGACGAGGGCGAUGACGGUGACGGCAGUUCAUGUGGCCCGAAUCCUGCCCGAAACCGGAAGUACCGUUGCAAGCAGUGCAACUACGUGGCCGUGCAGAAGCACGACUACUGGGAGCACACGAAGGCGCACAUCAAGACGGACAAGAUGCUCAGCUGUCCGCGGUGCAACUUUGUGACCGAGUUUAAGCACCACCUCGUUUACCACCUGCGCAAUCACUUCGGCAGCAAGCCCUUCAAGUGCGCCAAGUGCAACUACAGCUGCGUCAACAAGUCGAUGCUCAACUCGCACAUGAAGUCCCACUCUAAUAUCUACCAGUACCGAUGCGAGGACUGCACCUACGCCACCAAGUACUGCCACUCACUGAAGCUGCACCUGAGGAAGUACGGCCACCGGCCGGCGACGGUGCUCAACCUCGACGGCACUCCCAAUCCCUAUCCGGUGAUUGACGUCUAUGGGACGAGGCGAGGGCCGAGGCCGAAGAAGGACGCACUGGCGGCGCUGGCUGCCGGCCUAGAUGGGCUGAUUGGCGAGGGUGAUGGGGAGGAAGGUAUUGAGGGUGGUGAAAAUGGUGGGGGACUAGGUGGAUCAUCAGUCAGUGAUGAUGGACAGGAGUUCCUAGCUAAUGGAGUUAAUGAAGAAGUGGGAAUGAUGCUCGACUAUGAAGAGGAAAAAGCUAUGGACGAUAACUGCAAACCACAAAAUCUCUCUCUAGGAUCGGUUGUUUCUAGUGAAGCUUCAGCAUUCAUCGACUCAAAAACGACUCGAAAAGUGCUGGAACUCGCACGGGAGCAACAAAAUGAACUCGAAGAGGAGUUCGGCCUCACGGACCCGGCCGAUGUGAGCCGAGCUGAGAAGAAGCGGCAGACGACGAAGCUCUCUGUGCCCUCCACCUCCAACUCUACCUCCAUUUCACCGUCGGACCUUGCGGGCGAGUACUCUGACCGCGAGGACGAAGGCGGCGAGGACUACAGCUCGUUAGAUGAGAACGACGAGACCACCGAGUCCUACUACGACGCCUGCUACGAAGACCUGAACAUCAACAAGGAGGACGAGAAGGCGCUGGAGCUGUUCAUGACGAAGGACAACCUGAAGCGAAACUCACUGGCAGACUACAUCAGCAAGAAGCUGAAGGAGAAGGAGGAGGAGUUGGACACGCUGCUCACCGAGGAAGGUCAACAGGACCAGAAGGGCCCCAAGGUGGGCGACCUCGACGAGCGCGUCGUGGAGCUGUACCGGGGCGUGAAGCUGGUGCUCAGUCGGUACCGCAGCGGCAAGCUGCCCAAGGCCUUCAAGAUCAUCCCCGCGCUGAACAACUGGGAACAGGUGCUGCACAUCACCGAGCCGGACUGCUGGUCGGCUGCGGCGAUGUUCCAGGCCACUCGCCUCUUCACCUCCAACCUCAAGGAGAAGAUGGCGCAGCGCUUCUACAACCUCAUCCUUCUGCCCCGUUUGCGAGACGACAUUGAGGAGUACAAGAAGCUCAACUUUCACCUCUACCAGGCGCUGACGAAGGCGCUUUUCAAGCCAGGUGCCUUCUUCAAGGGCAUCAUUCUGCCGCUGUGCGAAGCGGGCGAUUGCACCCUCCGCGAGGCAGUCAUCAUCGGCUCGGUGAUGGGCCGCAAUCACAUCCCGCUGCUGCACAGCUGCGCCGCCAUGCUGAAGAUCGCCGAGAUGGACUACAGCGGCGCCAACUCCGUCUUCCUCCACCUGCUGAUCAACAAGAAGUACUCGCUGCCGUACCGCGUCGUGGACGCCCUCUUCUACCACUUUUACCGCUUCAUCAACGACAAGCGGGCGCUGCCAGUCCUCUGGCACCAGUGCCUCCUCGCCUUUGUGCACAUCUACAAGGCCGACCUGUCGCAGGAGCAGAAGGACUCGCUGCUGGAGCUGCUGCGCGUCCAGUCGCACCACCAGAUCUCGCCGGAGAUUCGCCGCGAGCUGCUGCACUCGAAGAAUCGUGAUGGCAGUGAGUUUGCUGAGGCUGGUGAGGGAAGUGGUGAGCAGGGAACUUCAAUGGACGCCUCAUAG